GAGUCAUUUACAGUUUUGUGCGCCCAAAUAUUUGUUGUUUAAAAUGAAACCAAUUUUCAUAGGAAUUACAUUAUUUUUUUCUUUAGUUCAGGGCGAUGCAGAAACCACAUUCCUGUUGAUUAUUAAUCAUCUGAAUAGAAAUAACAUAAAAACAUCUUAUUUCUUUAGUUGUUGGGACAAGAACGAAACAAUGCGGUUAAUGCAGAUGUUGAAUAACCGAAACAUUAAGUUUGAUUUUGUAGAGAAAAAAGAAAAUGCAAUAAUUCAAGCGUUGAAUGAAAAGAGUAUGACUCGUUAUGGAUACAUUUUGGAUAUAAGAUGCAAAACAUUUAAGAAUUUUUUGUCAGAAAAAAUUUCCACAAUUAAUAUGAGACUGUCGCAUCCCUGGCUAAUAAUUUCAUCAGAAUUAAAGGCUUUUGUCUUAAAAAAUGUAAAUUUGAGAAUGGAUUCAAACGUGAAAUUUGCAAUUCCUGAAGGCGAAUUCAGUUUUAACAUUUUUGAUGUUUAUAAUCCUGGUCAUCAACUUGGUGAAUCUCCUGUAGUAACAAAGUUUGGGGUUUGGAACGGUUCACACUUGAAUAUUCAGCAAACAAGAACAUUUUAUUUACAACGGAGACACAUGUCCUACAUAAAAUUACGAUCUGGAAGUGUGGUUUUAAUCGGCAGUCAUUCUGGAACCUUUGAAGAAUAUAUGUUUGACUCUAGAUUUAAACAACUCGACACCAUGAGCAAAUUUCACUACCCGAUGUUUCUUUUAUUAGAAGAUGUUCAUAAUUUCACACACACUUUGAAAAUUGAGGACAAAUGGUUUGGUAAUUAUCAAAAUGGAACUGAUUCAGGUGUUGGAAAGUUGUUGUAUGAAAAUGAAAUUGAUAUUACAUGUACUGGGGCAUCUCAAAGACCACCACGAGUGGACGUUUAUGACUAUUUGAUGCCUUCUUAUCAUUUUAGACCUUGUUACAUCUUCAGAAACCCGGGAACUUAUAAUCCACUCGAAAAUCAAUUUUUAAAACCGUUUACUGACACGGUCUGGUACGUAACUGUUGUUACAACAGUGCUUGUUUGCCUUUUUAUGAAAAUCUUUCAUCGACUCGAGAAUAAAUUUGUUGGAAUUAAAGCGGACUAUUCGUGGGCUACAGCAAUGCUCAUUACAUAUUCUAUAAUAGUUCAACAAGAUUCAUAUUUGUUUCCAACCGGUUUAGCAGGUCGUAUAUCAUUUUUCGUCCUCCAGGUUCUUUCAAUUCUGCUGUACAAUUACUACACUUCAAGCAUUAUUUCAUCUCUUCUAAGUAAACCUCCCGAAGCUUUCCACACCUUGGAUGAGUUGGGACAUAGCAAAUUAGAAAUAGGAAUUGAAAAUUUGCCUUAUACCAUCACCUGGUUCGAGAUUAUGAACGACAGUGAUGUUCAGUACAUUUACAAAAAUAAAGUAUUUCCACCGAAUGCGAAAAAAAUGAAUAUUUAUGAGCCAGAAGAAGGCAUAGCUAAAGUCAAGCAAGGAGGAUUUGCGUAUCACACUCAGCUGGAUACAGGAUAUCCUAUUAUUGCCAGAACUUUCAACCAGGAGCAAAUUUGCGAUAUUACAGAAAUUCCGAUGAUUCCUCAAGUGGGGGCUGGAAUUAUGCUACAGAAAAUAUCGCAAUAUAAAGAAGUCUUUCAUAUAACUCUUCGAAAAGCUAAAGAAGUUGGAUUAGUACACCGAAUAUCACAAAUUUGGGAGUCUAAAAAGCCGGAGUGUUUGUCAAGCAUUCGAGUUGUUGCUGUUGGUUCUGAUCAAACCUUUAUUGCGUUUUUGAUGUUGUUUAUUGGAAUGGCACUCUCGUUGGUAUUUUUGGUGAUUGAAAUUGCUUGGUCUCGAUUUAAUUUAGACGCAAAAAUUACCAAAAAUAAAAAAUUCAAAUGCUAA